GUGAAAGUUCCUAACAGUAUUUAUUAUUUUCCGAUCUUUAAUUGUCUAGAAAUGAAAAGUGAACGAUAGAAAAUAUCAUCAAAUAAAAGAAAGGAAGUUACAAAGUCGUUCUCAUCUAAACUAUACAAGAUAUCAUAGAUUGUAAUUUUCUUUUUUAAUGGACACCUGAGUUAUUCUGAAGAUAUUUCGUACCAAUGGAUUUACUGAUGGCAGCUUUAAUUGUAUUAUGGAUUAUAAAAACAUUGUUAACACAACUGCGUGCCUUUUCUUUACAUUCACACCACCCUAGACUUUUGCCUGUUAAUACAACCGUGACUUUUCACAGAGAGGAAACUGCCAUCCUAGAGUGUGCAAUAGACCAUUUAGGAACGAAAACAGUAUCCUGGCGAAAGCUUCCAUACAUAACCCCAAUAACAACCGGAGUAACACGUUUUGCACAAGAUAGCAGGUAUGAAGCAGUUCACGUUCCCUGGAAAAAACAGUGGAAUUUAAGCAUCAAAAGCGUGCAGUUACAUGAUGCCGGUGUAUAUGAAUGUCAAGUUGGAACCCAUCGAAAAAUGUUACGACAAAAAAUAACGCUGCAUGUAAUAGAUGCUGUUUUAUUUAGGAAAGCUGAUAUAAGGAUAACAGGAACACAGUUUCCAGAAAAAGGAGGUAUUAUGUUUCUAUUUUGUAAUGCAACAGGCAGGAAACAUGCUCCCAAUAGAAUCGAUUGGUUUAAAAAUGGAGAGAGACUGUUUUCUGAACGAUCAGAGAAAAUGUCAAUUAAAAAGACUAUAUCUAUUGAUACCGGUGUCAUGACCAGCUCGUUAGUAAUAACAGAUGUACACCGUAGAGAUAAUGGGACGUAUGUCUGUAGAGCAACUAGUCUGGAGGAUGAAACCCUCAUAACAAGUUUGAAGGUUAAUGUUUCAAAUGGUGGAUCAAGUUAUCCAAAGAGAGAUGUCACAAGAACGGAUACUCUUGAAUCCAGUACUGCUCAAAUAACUUAUAUGCAUUCUACAGGUGGAUUGCUAUAUUUCUUUCUGAUAGUGUUACAUGUAGUAUGGUGAUACAAGAGCUGCAGUAAUAUAUGAAUCCGAGGUGCCUUAAUAACUAUAUUUAUUAUACAAAAAAAACACUUUGGUUUAGAAGCGAUCCUUGUCAAAUGCGGUGAAUCUGAACCAGAACUUGAAGUUGAGUACUCAAUUGAAUAUGUAUGAUAACCUUAUGUCAUUCAUACGAAAUAGAUAACGUGUAAGACUACUAGAACAAACUACACGAAGUUCUGUGAGUAGUUUGGAGUAAAAGUAAUGUGAACGUAAUUAUGUAAGACUACAAGGAUAAAAUACACGAGGUUCUUCGAGGAGUUUGGAGUAAAAGUAAUAUGAAGAUCAUUGUGUCAGACUACUAGAAUAAAACAGAAAUUUAUCGAAGAGUUUUGAGUUAAAGUAAUGUGAACGUGAACGUAUAAGACUACUAGAAAACAUACACUUAGUUAUUCGAAGAGUUUGGAGUAAAAGUUAUGUAAACGUGAAAGGGUAAGACUACUAGAAUAAAAUCAACAUUAACGAUGGUACCGUUUCAAUGAUUUCGGUCGGAUCUUUGUGAUUCAAGGGAAUGCGCCUGACAUGGACUAACAUAUUAUGCGGUUUUUGAUAAAUUGCAAAAAAAAAAUAUCAAUGGCAGUUAACACAGAGAUAAAUCAUCCAAUUGUUCAAAGACUUAACAGGCGGUUAUCAAAUUGUACUAUGUAUAUUCUUAAUAUAAGAAAAUUACU